CCUAUAUAUAUAUACAUGCCCAAAACACAAAUAGUGUUUGAUGAAUUUAGAGAAUGGCGUGGAGGCAAUCUGCAGCUUUAAACACAAAAUUAGUGCUUGCCCCCUCUAAUUUACCAUCUGCCUUUGCAGCAUUUUCUUCCAAAUCUUCUUCCCCUUAUCUAGUGAAAGUGGGGAUACCUGAAUUCCUUAAGGGAGUGGGAAAUGGGGUAGAGACCCAUGUUCAGAAGCUUGAAACUGAGAUUGGUGACUUCCAGAAGCUUCUUGUUACUCGCACUCUUAAGCUCAAGAAACUUGAGAUCCCCUGCAAACAUAGGAAGCUGAUAUUGAAAUAUGCACACAAAUACAGGCUAGGACUUUGGAGGCCUCGAGCUGAGCCAGUUAAAAAAGCUUGAGGAAUUUCUGGGUGGUCAGUAAUAAAAUACUAUCGAAGUCUGAGUAUUGCUCAAUCUUCAUUUUGUUAUUGUAAAACCUUGACUCUCUUGGAGAAGAUCAACUGCUUGAUAGAAAUAUCUGGUGUAUGAUAAUUAAAUUUAGUUGGGCAGUAUGUUAGCCAUUUCAACUAGAAGUUUGAAAUUAUGCUCAUUGUUAUUUUGAAACCUCUUUCUGUUAAGGAAUCAUGGGCCAACAGUCCGCUUUCCAGUAAUAUCAUUCAUCUUCUAUCGUU